CCCCCAGAGGCCCGCCGACAUGGACUCCCGGCUGAGCGGCCCGCGCGUCUCCUGUGCCCGGCAGUAGCGGCCCGCGCUGCGCCGCCGGACCUGCGUCAUGGGGUAGCAGCGAGGCAACGCGAACUAAGCUGCGCCAUGGACUGCUAUGUCCCCAACAACCCCUCCCUGUAUGAGCUGCAACCACCACCUCCAGUCUGCAGUGGGACCGCGGCUGGCUACUGGGACGGAGACAUGGGGUCCUUCUCUCUGCCCGCUCUCGACCUGGACCCUCUUCCGUCGCUGUUUCCCUUCAGCCCCUGCCCCGCGUCUUGCAAACAAGCUGAACUGGGAUCCGCCAUAAGUGAAAAGCAGCCACACGAAGUAGCAGAUGUGCUGCUGUCGCUAAAACAUGCUGUGGUGCACCCUGGCCAACUGUCUCCCAGCUACACCUGCUACCCAACAAGUCAGCAGUGCAGCCAGAGUGGCUACCAAGGUCCAUCAGCUUCGCUGUCGUACACCGUGCACCCUCACCAGAUGGUGUCUCCUGGUGGCGGAUACAGCGCGCAUUACCCAGAACAAAGCUUUUUUGGCACUCCACAGCCCCAGCAUAAUGUGUUCCCCAGCAUGAGCGUCAAUGUGUCCAUGAAUAUGACGAUGCAUGGCUACCCCACCUCAAUGGACAACCUGCAGCACCAGAUGACCUGCCCUCAGGUGCAGUGGAGCGCGGCACCACCCAAUCCCUCGCCUGUGUACGCCCAGACGACUCAAGCACUGCUCAGCCCCCAGCCCUACCCGGGCGGUGCUAACUUCUCCUUCACCGCAGACUUCAGGCCACAGCCUGUGGACACGGCACUGCUGGGGUCGGACUCACCUUUCAGGACUCUGGUCGCCUCUAAGCCUGCCAUGGCGCGUCGAAGCGCUGCCCCCAGCUAUCAGGCGAAGGUGUCGUUGGAGGAGUCUCCUCGCCCCAACCUUUGUCGUAUCUGCGGCAAGACAUAUGCGCGCCCUAGCACGCUCAAGACGCAUCUGCGCACGCACUCAGGAGAGAAGCCGUACCGCUGUGGCGACUGCAAGAAGUCGUUUAGCCAGGCAGCCAACCUGACAGCGCACGUGCGGACACACUCUGGCGAAAAGCCCUUCAGGUGUCCUAUCUGUGACCGGAGGUUCUCGCAGUCCUCGUCUGUGACCACGCACAUGCGCACACACUCGGGCGAGCGGCCCUACCGCUGCCGCCUCUGCAAGAAGGCCUUCUCCGACUCAUCGACGCUAACCAAGCACCUGCGCAUUCACUCCGGGGAGAAGCCUUACCAGUGCAAGCUGUGUCUGCUGCGGUUCUCUCAGUCGGGCAACCUCAACCGGCACAUGCGGGUCCACGGCGGAGGCCUGGCGUCGCUGCCAGCAUGACAGUGGCAGCUGCUGUACCCCUGCAUGGCCCCAUG